UCCACCAGUUGCAACUGUUUCCUUUUUUAUAGCGUCUUCUUGUCUGCUUCCAUUCCACCGAUGUAAAAGACCAAUCCCCCAUUAAAACACAGUCAUGCUCGUUCGUCGUAUGGGUUAUUUCUCACCUUCACUUUCUAUAAAAACCUCACCUUUCUUCUCUCUUCUCACACAAACCCCUUUUCCAUUUCAUCAUCUUCGUCCUAUCCACUUCUUCAAACCAAUUCACACCAAAUCCCCACAAACCCAUCUCUUUUCCAUGAACCGAAAAACCCAUUUCACCACUUCCGCUGCUUUCCUUCAAGAACCCACAAACACAAAAACCUUGUCUAACAGGUCGGCCAAGAAAGCCCGCCGUGACGCCCCUGAGAGUGUGCUACGUCAUCAGUUAGACCAGUGUUCUAAACGGGGUGAUUUACAGGAAGCAAUUCGACUCUAUGAAGAAGCUAAGUUAAACAAUAUUACCCUUAAUGUUCAUCAUUAUAAUGUGUUGCUUUAUCUUUGUUCUUCUGGUUCGGGUACGGAGGGAUUUGGGAUUGAGAAAGGAUUUCAGAUUUUUAAACAGAUGGGUGUUAAUGGUGUUGCUCCGAAUGAGGCGACGUUUACUAGUGCUGCUAGAUUGGCAGUUGCUAAGCAAGACCCAGAAAUGGCUUUUGAUUUAGUGAAGAAAAUGAAGAGUUUUGGUGUUCCUCCUAAGUUAAGAUCAUAUGGGCCAGCGUUGUUUGGGUUUUGUGAAAAGGGAAUGGCUGAUAAGGCUUAUGAAGUUGAUGUACAUAUGGGGGAAUCAGGGGUUGUGGCUGAGGAAGCAGAGCUUUCUGCACUGUUGAAAGUUAGUUCUUUUUCUAAAAAGGCUGAUAAAGUAUAUGAAAUGAUGCAUAGAUUAAGGGCAAGUGUAAGGCAGGUGUGUGAAGAGACUGCUGGUGUAGUAGAGGAUUGGUUUAAUUCUGAAUUUGCUGCUGAGGUUGGGCUGCAGGAUUGGGAUGUUCGGAAAGUGAAGGAAGGUGUUGUGAAAGGAGGGGGUGGUUGGCAUGGACAAGGGUGGUUGGGAAAGGGGAAUUGGACAGUAGUGAGAGCGGAGAUGGAUAGUUCCGGAGCUUGUCGUUCAUGUGGGGAAAAGCUUGUGUGCAUUGACAUUGAUCCCAAGGAGACAGAGAACUUUGCUAAUUCUUUGGUUAAAUUGGCUUGUGAAAGAGAAGUUAAGGCUAAUUUUGUGCAAUUUCAGGACUGGCUUCAGAAGCAUGGUCCAUUUGAUGCUGUGGUGGAUGGUGCAAAUGUCGGCCUUAUCACUCAACGAAAUUUUAAUUUCUCUCAGCUCAGAUCUGUUGUCAAUAAAUUAAGGCAGAUGAGUGAAUCGAAGAAACUUCCAUUGGUUAUUUUGCACAAAAGUCGUACAACUGGUGGUCCUGCUCAACAUCCUAAUAACAAGAAGUUGUUAGAAAGCUGGAAGAAAGCAGGUGCACUUUAUGCCACUCCACAUGGUUCAAAUGAUGAUUGGUACUGGUUAUAUGCUGCUGUAAGUUCCAAAGGCUUGCUUUUGACAAAUGAUGAGAUGAGAGACCAUUUGUUCCAACUAUUAGGCACUAGCUUUUUUCCCAGAUGGAAGGAAAAACAUCAGAUCCGGAUGACAGCUUCAAGAGAUGACGGACUUAAGCUCCAUAUGCCACCACCCUAUUCAAUUGUUAUUCAGGAGUCGGAGCAGGGUUGUUGGCAUGUGCCAACUCUUACUGGAGAUGACCUUGAGAUACCAAGACAGUGGGUAUGUGCUACCAGGAAAAAUGCUCUGCACUCUCUAUUUCGACGAAAUGGGGAAUCAAAUCAUUAACAUAUAAAUGUGGUUUCUGGGACAGCAUCAGUGAAGCAACUAUGUAUGAGUGCCUUUUUCCUUUGAAGAAGCUUAUAAUUUGAACUUCUCAAAGGUUGUUGUAGAUGGAGAUCAGGAAGAUUGCUAAAUGCAAAAGUUCUGGAUACAGUCAACAUCUAUAUAACAGUCUAGUUUCAUUAUCUUGUAUACCAGUUUUUGCUUCUGUGUUCUGGAGUAUUUCUGUAUUUGGUCAAAUUUUUUGCAACAAUUUUUCCUGUUACAAGUGUUAGAAGGAAAAAGUGCUGCUACAAUAGAAGACUGGCGCCUUUGAAACUCAAAGAGGAUAUUCCUGCAUUUUUAAUACUUAAUUGGCUGGUCCCUGAGUACAAGAAGAAAAACAGCUUAUGAAGUUCAAAUUAUUUUCCUUUGAAUAGAAAGAUCUAUUUGAUCAGUUGAACAAUUUGGCUAGAGUUUGAUUAUCAGUAUUGUCUCCUCAGAGAAUUUCUGUGUAUAGUUUUUUAUUGCAGGAAUCAAAUUCUUCAAAGAACACCAGGAAUAUGGUUUCAAUUGAUUUAAUGACAAUGGGAUUGGAAGCUCUGCAUACACCAUUGGUUCCAAGAAGUUGGACAACUGUUGGGGUAUAUUCCCCAUCUUGCAAGCCGAGCUGCAGUUUGACAUCUCACUUUUAUUCAUUAACACACACACACACCCCAAAUCCAAACUCCUCCAUGACUAUAUAUUACCCCUCUUUGGUGCCCCUAGUUCCAGUAUCUUAAUAAUCUGGAUAAAGUAUACACUCAUCUAAUUCUGUGUAUAGUCAAUUUUCUUAUUAGACUUUGUAUUACUUUAUUUAGGUGGUUUCCUGCCAAAAGCACAAUCUGGAGAUUGAUAGGCAGAUCAGAUCUGGAGGUCGAACUAGCUUGAGGAGCAAAUGCCAACUGCACCUCACUCUCUUGAAGAAGAGAAGCUGUAUCCAUAGAAGAGUUGCUUGCCUAAUGCGAGAAGAGAUCUCAACAGCCUAAUGAAACAACAUCAUCAGUGAAAUACUUGUGAGAGCAGCGUACUUGUGAGUUGUGGAGAACAAGAAAUAUGCCACAUAAAUAUAAUGCCCCAGUGAUGAGAAUCCACCAAAAAAUCUAACUUGCUUAUUACCACCAGUGAAAUUUGGCAGCAAGAGCAACUCACAAAAAUGAAUCAUCCUAUAGAUUUACUUCAAAAAUCAUACAGCUCUGAAAAAGUAGCAAACUGUAACUUAUUUGAUCACACAACAACAAAAGUUUAGUUCAUAGCUUAAAUAAUGAGAAACUUUCUGUAA